AUGCAGCCCCUGCUUCUGCUCCUUUGCCUUGGCCUCAUUGCUGCCCUGCGGGCCCAGGACCCCCUGGCCUUGGACGAGGGCGAUCAGGAUUUGUCAGGGACCUGGUAUGUGAAGGCCGUGACCACGAACAUGGACAAGCCAGAGAGGAAGCCCGAUUCUGUGGGCCCCAUAACCAUCGUGACGCAGGAUGGGGGCAACCUGGAGGUCAGCCUCAGUUUCCUGAUCAAGGGCCAGUGCCACACACUCGAUGCUGUCCUGGAGAAAACGGAGGAGCCGGGCAGGUACACGGCCUUUGGGGGCAGGAGUGUGGCACAAGUGACCCCGCUGAAGGAGAAGGACCACUUUGUCAUGGUGUGUGAGGGUGUGAUGCACGGGAAGGCUUUCCGCCAUUUCAAGCUCCUGGGCAGAGAGCCUGAAACCAACCCGGCAGCCUUGGAGGAGUUUCAGAAGGUGGCAAGAGCCAAGGGCUUCACCACGGAGGACAUCGUCAUCCCCCAACUGGGAGAGCUGGCCACGGUCAUGGCCAGGAAGGGACUGGCCAACCUCUCGGCCAAGUUCCGGGGGACCCUGUGCUCAGCUAUAUAA